AGAUAUAAACAUCAACUCAACAACCAUCAUCCUUCAAGCCUGCAUCCAUCGUUGCUCCUACAAUCAACUCCAUCCAUCGUUGCUCCUAUAAUCAAUUCCAUCCGUACACGACUUUCAGCACAUUUUCACUGUAGCACUCCGUCAAGAUAGGAAUCGGCGGCAGUCACUCCAGCCCAACACCAGAAGGGAUUGUAGCAGCACACAGAGCACGACAAGCAAAACUCAAAGCACAACAAGAACGCAAGAUCAGAAAGGCUGAAGCAGGUCUCUAUUAUACUCAGCAUCCAGAAGAAAGACCACGUGUGGCCCGCUUGACAGGCAAUCUAUUUGGCUUUCCAAACCAAGCUCCACCUGGAUCUGAGUCUCGUCAACCCACCUUGUCCGAGUCAUUUCCACCAGUCUCCAGCACUGCGACCCGGGAUCAGAGUACUGCAAGUGACUUCUCGACUUCAACAAGCGAACAAGCUGCUGAAAUGGCUCUCGCUCCCAAGUUUGCUGGGCAGGCUCUGUCGAGUAAUGCCAGUCACACUCUGGAGCUAUUCCUUGACUACGUCUGUCCCUUCAGCAAGAAGCAGUUCGACACCUUCUACCACGAUGUUGCGCCCAUUGUCGAGCAGAAGUACUCAGAUAAGCUUCAGGUCAUCUUCCGCCAACAGAUCCAGCCAUGGCACCCGUCAUCAACCCUGGUCCACGAAGCCGCCGUUGCAGUCCUGAGAACCGAUGCUUCCAAGUUCUGGCCCUUCUCCGCCGCUCUGUUUGACAAGCAGACCGACUACUUUGACGUCAAUGUAGUCAAUGAGACCAGAAACCAGACAUACAAGCGUCUCGCCAAGCUUGCUGCCGGUGUAGGUCUGGAUGAGAGCAAGAUCUACAGCCUUCUCGAGAUCUCUGACAAGCCCGGUCAAGAUGGAAGCUUGAACACAGGCAACCAGGUCACCAACGAUCUCAAGUUACUUAUCAAGGCUGGUCGUUUGGUUGGAGUUCAUGUCUCACCCACUGUUCUGUUUAACGGACUCAACGAGCCAAACAUCUCGAGCAGCUUCUCGAAGAAAGACUGGGAAGAGUGGUUGCAGAAGAAUGUCGUUUGACUUGAAGGAUCGAAACUGUGAUUAGUUUGUGCUCGUACUCAAUCGCUUCCUAAGUAACCUAGAUAUCCACACAUGAAUCGAGAAUCCCCCUG